AUGGCCAGUUCUCUACCCAAGCUUGCCCUCAAGGGCUCCUCUAAGAUUGUUACAGACUACUUUGAGUUCGCCAUACAUAGUAUUCUUUUCCAGAGGGGUAUUUAUCCAGCAGAAGAUUUCAUUACUGUCAAGAAGUAUGACUUGCCCAUGGUGGUGAGUUGUGACGAUGAAGUGAAAGCAUACAUUAGAAAAAUAAUGGAACAAGUUAAAAAAUGGGUUUAUGGUGGAAAACUAUCAAAAUUGGUUGUUGUCAUAAUCAAUAAAGCAACUACAGAAAGCAUGGAGCGUUGGGAAUUUGACUUAGAUAUAAACGACACAGAAGGGACCAAUGAAAAAAGCAAACAACAGAUACAAAAGGAAAUUCAAGCCAUCAUUCGCCAGAUUACAGCAUCAGUAUCAUACUUGCCAUUUUUGCAAGAUGACGUGUACACAUUUAAUGUGUUGGUGUACACAGAUCCUCAAUACGAUCCAAAGAACAUUCCCACCGAGUGGGCAGACACAAAUGGAGAUGCAAAAAUGAUUGAUGGAGAAGCAGAACAAGUGAAGUUCACUACAUUCAGCACGGAUAUUCACUCUGUGGGUACUAGCGUUAGCUACAAAUUAGGGUAA